AAUGUUUCGCAUGCACUGAUCAAGGGAUAGCCGUUUACUCACAGUCGUAAUCUCCCUCAGACCAACCGGCCCGGCCCCCCUGCACUGUCAAGCCUCAUGCUGAGUGCCACAGGCUGCUCAUCAAGGCGUCGAAUGGUCGAGACCCCAGAGGUCACUAGCCCUGCGCCGGUGCUCCCAGACCAAGCAUUCGAGAGCGGGGAGAUGACCUAGGGAGAGCUCACGGUGUCUAUUUAACGGUGCUCAGCCAUCACUUGGCAUAAUGCAAACAAUCCACAACACUGUCACCCUGCUGAGCCACCCAGACAAUCAGACAAACUCCAAGCACUUUCCGGAACCGCCCCCUAUUCCGUUUCGAACCAACCAGUCACCAUGAAGUUCAACGUUGUCUCCCUCGCCGUCGCGCUUUUCGUCUCCAGUGCUGCCGCCAACUGGAAUGGCACGAUACCGCUCCAGAUGGGCAAGAACGGCACGGUGAUUGCGAACCCCAAGAACGGCACUGCCCACGGCACCGGCAAGAUCCACCACUCUGGCCCGACUUCCACCAAGAUCUCGCCGCCCAUCACCGCUGCUACUAGCACCGGUUCUGCCGCAGCAGCAAGCUCAAGCGGCGCAGCUGCCGUAAACCAAGUCGCCGGCUCAGCAUUCGGUCUUGUGAUUGCUGGCGGUGUCGCUCUUGUCAUUUAAGUGGUGUUCCCUAUAUCUUCAAUUCGUACAAGUUCCCUGCCGCGUUUGCGGUGCAUGCUUAUUAUGGGGAACUUGCUUGCCUCCUACGGCAGGAGAGCAUUUUGGUCCAACAAUGGAUUUCUUCGAGCGCUGGCAUCCUGGAUUCGGAUUGCCUUGACCUAGGGCAGAACUGAAAGGAAAAGGGAGUUUGGCGCAAACACUGGGUUAAUGAACUUCAUGUACAAAUAUUGUGAUACCAGCUAGACAAGCAAAAAAUUGCUUACAUUUUAC